AUGUACGACUAUGUGCAUGUCGACGAGAAGUGGUUCUAUCUGACAAAGGUCAAACGAAGGUACUAUGUUUAUGAUGACGAGGAAGUGGCUGCACGUUCAGUCAAGUCGAAGAAAUUCAUCACUAAAGUGAUGUUUCUUGCUGCUGUUGCUAGGCCCCGUUUCGACCAUCAUUCCAAGAAACAAUGGGAUGGCAAGCUUGGUGUCUGGCCUUUCGUUCACGUGUCGCCAGCUGCGCGUGCAAGCAAGAACCGACCAAAAGGCACCCUGCAUACUGUUCCUCUCGCUGUCGACGCCAAGGUGUACAGCGAUGCGAUCAUGGACAAGGUUGUGCCGUCGAUCCAACUCAAGUUUCCUGGCGAUUGGAGGCGCAGACAAGUGCUUAUCCAACAGGAUAAUGCAAGCCCACAUCGCCGUGUGACCUCGGAAUUUCUCCAGCAACAAGGCAUUCGCAAAGCCUUCGUGGACUACGUUAAAGACUACGCUGUAAGCGAGAACAAGCAUGUUCGAGUGAAGUCUCGUGGUGGGAACAAUAGAACCGUGGUGUGCACAGUACCGCUCUGUCCAUUUUUGGUCACGGCGUACAAGCGCAUGUCCAGCACUUCUCCAACGCAGCCAUUUGUCCUAUCAUUCGCCAACGUUGAGCACAUGGACUGUACAUCAUCAGCCAAACCCUCUGCCCGCCAGAUCGCGAACAUAUCCAGCGUCAAUAGUGCAGUCCACGCGGAUCGCCGCGUCUCUGCAGCGUUUGUACAGAGCCAAGAACAAGUCGUCCACUCAGUCAACCUCGACACGAGGCAACGAAACGUCUAUCGAGCGAAAAAGUAUGUGCGGGACGAACUUGAAACGGUAGACAACCAGUCGUAA